AUGGCAGAGCCAGGGAGCCGACUGGGGGGCGCCCGGGAGCACCGUAGCCGCCCCAGCCACGAUGAGUCCUCAGUGGUUCCCGAAAAGGCCCAACAGGCCUCCUGGGUUCUGGGCUGGCCCAGGGACAAGGCCCUGGAGGAGGAAGAAGACGAGGGAGAGGAGGAGGGGGAUGAUGAUGACGAGGACUCCCUGACAUCAGGGUCUCAGGGUCUGGUGACCUUCGAGGACGUGGCUGUGUACCUGUCCCUGGAGGAGUGGGAGCAUCUGGACGCGGCGCAGCGUGGCCUGUACAGGGACGUGAUGCAGGAGAACUACGGGAUCCUGGUGUCCCUGGGCUACCCCAUCCCCAAGCCCGACCUCAUCUACCGACUGGAGCAGGGGGAGGCUCCGUGGGUGCCCGACAGCUCCCGUCCCCAGGAGGGCGACAUCGUCACGGGCGUCUACACAGGAGCCUGGUUCUGGACCGAUGAUUUGGAGGAUCAGGAGGAGGAGGACGACGAGGACUUCCUGGCAGAGGUGGCUGAGGAGGAGAAUGAGCCCCCGGGGCUGUGGUCAGCGGCCUACGGCGUGGGGGACGUGCCGGGCACAUGGGGCCCCGACGACUCCAACCCUGCACAGACCCCGCCGGGCUGGGAGCCAGAGCUGGGUGGCCUGAGAGCACUGGCCAAGGGGGCCGCGACCAAGCCUUUCCCGCCGGGCCGGGAGCGGGGUGCGAUUAUGCUGGCACCCUGGGCCUUCCCUGACGCGGGGGCGGCCCCCAUCGGGCGGCCGGAGACCACUUGCGAUGUGUGCGGCAAAGUGUUCCCGCACCGCUCCAGGCUGGCCAAGCACCAGCGCUACCACGCGGCCAUCAAGCCGUUUGGCUGCGACGAGUGCGGGAAGGGCUUCGUGUACCGCUCGCACCUGGCCAUCCACCAGCGCACGCACACCGGCGAGAAGCCCUUCCCGUGCCCCGACUGCGGCAAGCGCUUCGUCUACAAGUCGCACCUGGUCACGCACCGGCGCAUCCACACGGGCGAGCGGCCGUACCGCUGCGCCUUCUGCGGCGCGGGCUUCGGGCGCCGCUCCUACCUGGUCACGCACCAGCGCACGCACACGGGCGAGCGGCCCUACCCCUGCACGCACUGUGGCCGCAGCUUCAGCCAGAGCUCGGCGCUCGCGCGCCACCAGGCCGUGCACACGGCCGACCGGCCGCACUGCUGCCCCGACUGCGGCCAGGCCUUCCGCCUCCGCGCAGACUUCCAGCGCCACCGGCGGGGCGGCGGCUGCACAGAGCCCGGCAGCGGCGGCGGCCCGCGCCGGGGCCCCUGCGAGGCGCGGGGGCCUGCAGGGAGCGCCGAGGAGCCGCAGCCCGAGCCCGAACCUCCGGAGCCCCAAGAGCCGGGCCAGGCAGACGCCGACGCACGAGAGAAGGAGGUGGCCAGGGAUCCCCCGGCGCCGCCUGUUCCCCGGAGCAAGGAGGAUCCCCCGCCGGACAGGCACAUCCCCGGGCUGGGCAACGGCCUGGGCGACAGCCAAGGAGCGACCUCGCACCCGCUGGGCUUCCACUUCCCCGUGCACCCCAAGUCUUGGCUGCGUCCGGACGGCUUUCCCAUCCUGGGCUUCCCGGACUUUGGCGAGCGGCUGCCGGCCGACGGGCGCCCCUUGCCGGGGCCCCUGGGGGGUCGCCUCUCCCUGGUGGAGGGCGCGGGCCUGGCGUGCGACCCCUUCGCCACCGCCGGCGGGCCCGGGGGCGGCGGCGGCGGCGGCGGGGGUCUGCGCGCCUUCGGGCCGACCCUCGGGGAGCUGCUGUCUGAGCCGGCGCCCGCCGCUCUGGCCGACGAGGAGAGCCCGUGGAUCUGCUCCGACUGCGGCAAGACGUUCGGGCGUCGCGCGGCGCUGGCCAAGCACCAGCGCUACCACGCGGGCGAGCGGCCGCACCGCUGCGCCGACUGCGGCAAGAGCUUCGUGUACGGCUCGCACCUGGCGCGCCACCGGCGCACGCACACGGGCGAGCGGCCCUUCCCGUGUCCCGAGUGCGGCGCGCGCUUCGCCCGCGGCUCGCACCUGGCGGCGCACGUGCGCGGGCACACGGGCGAGAAGCCGUUCGUGUGCGGCGUGUGCGGCGCGGGCUUCAGCCGGCGCGCGCACCUGACGGCGCACGGGCGCGCGCACACGGGCGAGCGGCCCUACGCGUGCGGGGAGUGCGGCCGCCGCUUCGGGCAGAGCGCGGCGCUGACGCGGCACCAGUGGGCGCACGCCGAGGAGAAGCCGCACCGCUGCCCCGACUGCGGCAAGGGCUUCGGCCACAGCUCGGACUUCAAGCGGCACCGGCGCACGCACACGGGCGAGAAGCCCUUCCGCUGCGGCGACUGCGGCCGCGGCUUCGCGCAGCGCUCCAACCUGGCCAAGCACCGGCGCGGCCACACGGGCGAGCGGCCCUUCCCGUGCCCCGACUGCGGCAAGCGCUUCUCGCAGCGCUCGGUGCUCGUCACGCACCAGCGCACGCACACGGGCGAGCGGCCCUACGCCUGCGCCAGCUGCGGCCGCCGCUUCUCGCAGAGCUCGCACCUGCUCACGCACAUGAAGACGCACCGCGGCGCCGCCGCCGCCGGGCCCGCCCCGCCGCCCGCGCCGCCGGCGCCCAGGCCCGCGCCGCCCGCGUCCGCGCCCGGGGACCGCGGCGGCGCCCUUCGCGACUUCGCGGGCGGCACGAGCUUCGGCUCCGAGCCCGCCGCCUUCGCGGGACCUUCGGGCGCCCUCGAGGGCAGCGUCCAGUGAGGCGGAGGCGGAUGGA